AUCUCAUUUGUACUUCAAGUUAAAGAAUGACUCCUCUCACGCACUCUACACCACAUGUACAUUUUAACAUUCAAGCAGGUCCUGGCUCAAACAAAUCAUUAGUACUAGGAUCAUUGGAUUGGGAAUUACAGCCAGGUACCAUUUGUACAUUAGGUCGACAUACAGAAAAUAAAGCACAACAACAUAAGUUGAUACUCAAAAGUAAAGUGGUGAGUCGACAACACGCCGAGAUUUGGAUGGAAAAGGAUAAGGUUUAUAUUCGUGAUAUUGGUUCUUCCUCUGGUACUUUUUUAAAUGCCACACGUCUUAGCCCUCGCAAUACUGUGUCUGAACCCUAUUUGCUCCAUGAUGGUGAUAGUUUACGAAUUGGAACUACAUAUCAUGAUAGUCAUCAUGAUGAUUACCGUUGCAUUAUUUUUUUAAUCCGUAUCAGUUUACGACCUUCACUAAACCAAUAUAGUACAGAAACUUGUUGCAUCUGUAUUCAUCCUCUCAAGACUUCUCAAGCCCUGUUUGUGACACCUUGUGGUCAUCUCUUCCAUUACAAAUGCAGUCUACCUUUACUUCAAAAAUCAUACAAAUUUCAAUGCCCUAUCUGUCGAAGCAUUUCCAAUCUGGAUAAGGAUAUUGAUUAGUACUUUUUCUUUGAAACUCUCACAUGUAGCGCAUUUUCCAUUCAUAGUAUAGCAUUCAAAUGUAUCAAUAUGUCUAUCCCAUCACCCUUUUUUUUUUUUGUAAUACAUUGCAUCAUUCUUUUAUUCCCAUUAUAUCAAAUAUAAACUUUCGUCAAAUAAUAAAGAAUUAUAUCCAUUUUUGUUUUUCCAAAAUAAUAUUUUAUUCCAAUAGAUCAAGUAAUAAAAGAAGAAGUAAAGAUAUAUGAGUCAUGACUACAAACGAAAAAAAAAAAAACAAAAGCUAGUAAAGAAAAAUACGAAUAUCCAAAACUAACAAUCUAUUCUU